AUGUUUGGUGCCCAUGCUGUGCCGCGUCGACUACGCCGAUGCCACCUAGAAGACGGCGUAGCAAACGAGCAGACCCGGGGCAGCUACGGCUACUCCGGGCAGGACAGGCGACGACCAGGCUGGUUUGCCGCCCUGCUGCGCCGCCAUCAACAACCCAACGACCAAAGCCCGCCCCGGGCAUUGCGCCAUCCCGGACUGUCACGCACCUUUUCGAUUCUCGACUCUCAUACCAGCAACGUGUCAGUAACACUAACUAUUGCAAACUGUGUCAACGACUUGUCGUGUCUCAGCUACGCUGUUGGGCUGCCAGCCAGCCAGCCAAAAAAAAAGCCAAUGAUGUUAUUUCUUGGCGGCAGUCGCAACAGACGAGCGAACGUCGAUCUGCAAGCGCACACACACACCACAACACGCCAGCAAAGCAUCGGCGCAGAGCCAGGCUGUGCCAGCCAGAACCAGCGCCACUGGUGGGCUACUUUGCUAUUUUUGAAACAUCGCUUGGCAGCACCGAAGCCUUUAUCAAUCAGCCAAAACGUCGCACGAGAGGGCGAAGAAAGCUGUGACCUGUACCCGCUCUUCCCGAGCGGCAUUCGCGUGGAUGCUCCUCUCCAAGAAAAGAAGGUGGGUGCAGAGUGGCUCGUCAACGAGCUUUUCAGAUGUUUGGCAUGCCAUGAAUCUGAUACUUGCGACUCAAACUUGAACGUGAUGAUGAACCUGGCAUUGGAGAAAAUUUUCCUUUGCUGCACCCUGCGCGUCACGCAAGCAUCACCAUUUAUUUACAUGCAUCUCUGUCACCCGCUCGACGCCACGGCCAAAAGCCCAAUUGCCUGUCCGGGCAAGUGCAGCCCGGUACUUGCCGGCUUCCGCGGAAUUGUUGGCCGGAAAAAGGGCACCCGUCGCUUUGGCCCAUCGGCCAUUUAUAGUGCUGUUUGGAUUUGA